GCACCGAACUAAUCGUGCUCCUUGUCGUUAUCUACUGCUCAAUUGAAGAAGACGCAGGAUUCCAAGAAAGAUGGGCAGUAGUAUAAGGCCAACACCUCAGCGCUUCUCCCCAACAGGACUGAACCUCGUUCACCCACGAGCCAGCAUUUCGUCCCCUCCCCCGUUCGCAGCACGCAAUGGCUGAAAACUGGCAAGUCGUCGCGUCACAGGCACAAGCAGAUCUACUGAGCUCGAUCCCCUCCAAAUGGCGUCUUCCCGAGCCUGUGGACCCUUCUAUAACAGACGUUCGUGCCAUCCCGCAGACGUGUGGACUGCUUACGGAGAAACAGCUCUUGAUCACGGAGCAGACGGCCAGCGAGCUGAUAGCCCAGCUGAGAGAUGGCGGGUUGUCUUCCGUGGAAGUGACCGAAGCCUUCUGCGCAAGGGCCGCGAUUGCACACCAGUGUGUAAACUGCCUGACGGCGUUCUUUCCGGACGAGGCUCUGGCGCGAGCAAAGGAACUGGAUGAUAUGCUGGCAAAGACGGGCACCCCAGUCGGGCCCCUGCACGGGUUGCCCGUGGGCAUCAAGGAUAUCUUUCACAUGAAGGAUAAGAACUUGACAAUGGGCUACGUGGCGUGGUAUAACAAUCGGUGCACGACGGACGCGUCGAUUGUGCAAAUGCUGAGAAAUGCGGGCGCUGUCUUCUUUGUUCGCACGACGAUGCCGCAGACCGGAAUGUUCCUCGAAACCUGGAGCAACCUCUGGAGUCGCACGCUGAACCCUUUCAACAGAGGCUUCUCUGCCGGCGGUUCCUCAGGUGGGGACGGAAGUCUCGUGGCCAUGAGGGGAGCACCGUUCUGCCCAUCAACCGACAUCGGUGGCAGCAUUCGUGCACCGGGCACCUUCAAUGGGCUUUACGCCAUGAGGCCGACCGCUGACAGAACGGCGAAGAGGGGCAUGGGAACGGCUGCGCCCGGGCAAAUCUCCAUCAAAGUCUCCUCGGGACCGAACUGCCACAGCAUGGCUGAUGUGAAACUCAUGGCCGAGAUCCUCCUCACUCACCACGGCCUGCCAUUUGAACCUACUGCGGUGCGGAUGCCUUGGAAGCAACUGCCCGCAAAGACAGAGAAAUUGUGCAUUGGCUUGCUGGCCACGGACGGGUGUGUGACCCCACAACCACCUAUUGCGAGGGCGUUGCAGGAGACUGCAGCAAGUUUGCGAGAGGCCGGUCACGAAGUGAUCGAAUUCAAACCACCAUUUGACUGUUGGGAAGUCGCACAAGCCACCUGGCGAUUAUGGUUCCAGACCGGGGCGAAGGAGACUGUGGACCUAGUCGCUUCGUCAGGUGAACCGCUCUACCCGACCUUCAAGUGGUACCUGGAGACAUUUGAUAUCAAGCCCCUGACCGUGCCAGAGUUGUUCAAGCUCAACACGAAGCAAGCGGAAUGGAAAUACCAGUUCGCAGAGGCAUGGUACAACACAAAAUCCAGGACGAGUUCUGGACGCCCUAUCGACUGCCUGAUCUGCCCGUGUGCCCCGUCCGCAAGCUUCCCACACGGCUUCCCGGUCUGGUGGGGAUACUUCAGUCUGUGGAACCUGCUCGACUACCCCAGCAUUGUGCUGCCAUUGAAGAAGAUGCGCGUCGACCUCGACAAGGACAAGAAGGAUGCCGACUACGUCCCCAAGGAUAACGUGUUUGACAAGAUGAACUGGGAAAUCUAUGACCCCGAACUGUGGAAGAAUCAACCCAUCACGAUCCAGCUCGUGCGGCCGCAAUUCAGCGAUGAAGAACUUAUAGCAGUGGCGGAAGAGAUAGACCAAGUCUGCAACGGGUGACGCGAAGACUGUGUUGCUGUGGUUUGUCUUCGACGGGAUUUGGCCCAUUAAAGUGGCAGAUAGAAUCUUGCAGCAUCGCCAUCCGUGUAGCCUAGACAUUCACC